AUUCUGACACGAACAAUGGGCAAGCAGAACAGCAAACUACGCCCCGAAGUCAUGCAAGACUUGCUGGAAAGCACAGACUUUACAGAGCACGAGAUCCAGGAGUGGUACAAAGGCUUCCUCAGAGACUGUCCCAGCGGGCACUUGUCCAUGGAGGAGUUUAAAAAAAUCUACGGGAACUUUUUCCCUUACGGGGACGCUUCCAAGUUCGCGGAGCACGUCUUCCGCACCUUCGACGCCAACGGCGACGGCACGAUAGACUUCAGAGAGUUCAUCAUCGCCCUCAGCGUCACCUCCAGGGGCAAACUGGAGCAGAAGCUGAAGUGGGCCUUCAGCAUGUACGACCUGGACGGCAAUGGCUACAUCAGUAAGUCCGAGAUGCUGGAAAUCGUGCAGGCAAUCUAUAAGAUGGUGUCUUCUGUAAUGAAGAUGCCAGAAGAUGAGUCGACACCAGAGAAGAGGACAGAGAAGAUCUUCCGCCAGAUGGACACCAACCGUGACGGCAAACUCUCUCUGGAAGAGUUCAUCCGCGGCGCCAAGAGCGACCCCUCCAUAGUGCGACUCCUGCAGUGUGACCCCAGCAGCGCCGGGCAGUUCUGAGCCCCUUCUUGGGAUGAAUUCUGUAUCUGCUUUGUUGAUUUGGUUUUGUUUUGGGGUUUUUUGGUUUUGUUUUGUUUUGUUUUGUUUUGUUUUGUUUUGUUUUUCCUUGCCAAACAACAUUCAUGGUAGUGUUGCCUCUGUAUGGCCAAUUAUGCCUUCGUUUGUGGCAUCUUAUAGCUUCUUUUGUUGUGGAUUAAUUCUGAGAAUGCUGAGUUGCUCUUACCGGGUUGUGCAGAGCAGGGCAGGGCAGGGCAGGGCAGUGCUGGUUUUCAGCAGAUGUUGUGGUGUUAGCAUUGUUUUUAAAGGUUUCCUUCCAGGGGUGGUUUUGUUUUCUUUUAACACGUCUGGUGCGGAAAGGACACGCUGAGAUGCAGUAAACCAGCAACAAAACCCUGGGCAGCAAGACACUGACAGACUUCAGGUUGCUGCUGCGGUAGCUAAGUAUUCACCUGCAGGAGCUGGAAGUGUCAUAGAGGUGGAAGCAAAGGGGCUGUGAUGAGUAGGGCAGGAUUCACCCGGGACUUGCUCUGCUGUCCAGAAGGCACCAGUUCAGGUCAAAGACAGGACUGGGAAGAAGUAUGAAGUGCAAAACGUGUGGGGGGGUGCAAGCAGUGCACCCCUGCUCCUAUGCCUCCUUGUUUCAAUGCUGUGAACCUUUUGCAGGUGGUGAAGCAGAAGGGAUCAGACAAAGGUGAAUGGUUUGGGCUAGGUUCACGGCGGCUGCUCCCUCCUGGCUGUGCCUGAAAGCUCAGCGCGUUGCACUCCUGACCCCCGAACGCACGGCUGACAGCUCCUCUUGCCAUUUGGGGCCAGCAAAGGCAGACAGAAGAUAUGGAAAACCAGGUGUGGACAAUGACUUUAAGGGGGAUCCUUGUUGAAUGUGGCAAUUUCAGGUCAGUAACAAAGCAGUUUCUGCUGAGGAGAGUGGGCGCUCACGUGAGGAACCCGUGGACGCCUGCAAGCAGCUCCCCCGAGGCACUUCUGCUGUCCGAAUGCUCUUGCACAGUACAAAGUUUGGGGCUGUUUUGGGCUAGCUCCACGUAGCUCAUGGAGUUUCUGGGCCUGCUCUUAGUGGAAGGCUGUCAUCCAAACUUGUUUUAAACAUACAGUUGUGGGAUUUCUAUUUCAUCGGUUUUUAGCAACGUUUGAACCAUUCUGUACUGCCAUGAGGAAAUGGUACACUCUGUGGAAUAUUUAUAUAUAUAUAUAUAUAUAUAUAUAUAAAAGAAAAAUUAAAAGCAAGACAAGAUCAGCUCUUGAGAGAAAUGUUGAAUGUUUAUCUUUUUGCCCAGAGGCAGGAGGUGGGAAAUUCGCUGCUGCCAAACUGUAUCCUUUGGUCGGUGCUGCUGCUGCAUGCAAAGCUCUCGCACAGCCCUGGGGUUUCACAGGGACUUUACAAGUGCUGCUGCAAUGGAAAAGCUUUAGUGACAGGAGGCAUGGAAAUGCUUUAGUGACAGGAGGCAUUAUGCUGACUAAAUUGGCAUUAAUCUGUCAUUAGCUAAAGUCUGCUCCCUGAGCCUGCUGGAGAGGUACCCGUGUGGGCAGAGCACAGCGCUGGGAACCGGUGAGCUUGUUAACCUCUGCCUGACAGGCAGAGUUGGGGUUUUUGUCAAGUGACCUUGUAGAUGCUAAUCCCCAGUAGCCUUAAUUUAAAAUAAACUGCAGAAAAGAAGUCUGCUUUGCAGGCAGUGAUGAGCUAAGUACUAAUUAGAAGUGAUGAACAAGUAGUUGAGUAUGAAUAAUGUUUUUGUUGAACGCUCGCUGAGAGAAAAAGUCCUGGGCAGAUUUUUCCUUGCCAUUUGCUUUGCCAGGUGUGAAGUGCAGAGCAUAUUCAAAUACAAUAAAAACCAGCUGAAAACAGCAUUGCUAAUCAGUUGUACUAAAAUUACUCUGAGUGGCUAAUUGCACUCGAUGAACGUCUUCAGGCACACACCUUUGUCUCCCGCAGUCACGGAAAAGCAGCUGCUGGCAUAUUCCCACUCUGUUGAUCAAAGUACCCAGCAGAGAGGUGUGUGGGGAAAGGAGAAAGCACAAGAGGCCCAACCACAGACACAGCUUUCAGUAGCUGUUGGGAGCAUCACUGGCAAACUCAGCACCAGUUCUUCUUCUGGUGGAUGGGAAUGUUCCCCAUGGCUUCCUCCCUGAUCCUCUCUCGAUGUGCCCUUUGAAGGAGAGUUUGUGCUACCUUCUUCGGGGUCAUCUUCUGCUUUACCUGGAGAGGUUCUGGCCCUCUCUGCUGUAUCCACCGCCUCGUGGAUUCAA